AUGGCAUCAACAAAUCCCUCUUCAAAUGAUCACAUAAUAAAAACAAUUUACAAUUGCGAUAGACACUCAGCAAUGAUUUCCGAAAAACUCUUGGCUUUCUAUGACAAAAAUGAAUUAUUCGACACAUUUUUGAUAGCUGGUACCGAUUGUGUCAGUAUACAAGCUCAUAAAAUAGUCUUGUGUGCAUUUAGUGAGUACUUUUUGCAUAUAUUUCGUACAAAUAAAUCAAAUGUUAUCGAACUCAAAGAAAUCGAUGCGGCAACAUUAAAACCUAUAAUCGAUUUCAUGUACAAAGGUUCUAUUGAAUUAUGUUUGAAAACCGUCGAAACAUUCUUGCGAACUGCAUCAUUUCUAAAAAUGAACACUUUAAUUCAUGGUUGUUGUGAGUUUAUCGAGAAAAACAUGAACUGCAACAAAUCAUUGAAAUGGCUUCAAUUGGCUAAUGAAUUGAAUUUAUCCACGUUGAAGGACAAGUCUCUAAAAUGCACUUAUUCUAAUUUUAAGAAAAUAUUAAAAAAGAAAGAAUUGUUAAAGUUGAGUGAAAGUGAAUUGAAAGAUUUACUUUUUAUCAACAAUCCCCAUACGAAUCUGGGAGAGCAGAUUUUCAUGUGUUUGGUUGCAUGGAUAAAUUAUGACAAACCUAAUCGUGAACAUUUGGUUAUUGAGCUUCUAUCAAUGGUUAAUUUUCAGACUCUUACACCUAAAUUCAUUCUUAAAAAUAGAAAAUCAGUUUGUAAGAAUUUGGAAAGUUACGAAUUGAUUUGCAGUUGGUUGCAAUGGCAUUUGUUGCCAGAAACUCGUUUUAAUGACCAAGCAGAGAGUACUUCCAAGGCAAAAAAGAACAAACGAAAAAAGCAAAGGAGAAAUAAAAAAAAUAAGCCUAAUCAAAUUGGAAUAAUAUGUAUGAAGGAGAGCAAAGUUAUUAUUAAAAGUUGGAAUCCCGAAGAAAAUUCAUGGUUAUCUGUAAUAGAAACAAGCAUAGACGAAUUAAAUCCUUCAACAAUUGUAAUUGAUAAUAAAUUGAUUUUUGUUGGAAGACCCUACUCAACAACAAAUACCGUGAAAUGUUUGGAUCUUGACACCGUCGAGUGGAUACAUUUUCCCCAAAUGAAUACAGACAAAAGAUAUUGUCAGUUAGAGUAUUUAAAUGGACAUUUAUUUGUAAUUGGUGAAGAUGUUUUUCACCAGACAUCUUUAGAGUUGUUUAAUUUUUCAACAAAUAAAUGGCAUGAUUUGCAACCAUUGUCGCCUUUAGCUGGAUUGAUUAAAAUAACUUCCCAUAAUGGAAUUUUAUAUAUUCUUGAUUCAGAAAAUGAAUUUUUGCAAACUUUUGAAGUUGCUUCUUACAAAUGGACUUGUACAAAAAUUAGAUUUCCACACAAUAGAUGUGGUUAUUUUCUCACUGGAUUUGGAUUUGCUGCCACUGAACAGUAUUUAUACAUCAUCGGUGGUAAUUAUGUUUCUUAUUGUGGUUAUGAUAGAUUCAAUGCAUGCAACGGUUUAUAUCGGUAUGAUUUGAUAAGUAAUUGUUGGGAUGAAAUGACAUAUAAAUCAAAAAUUAGAGACAAUAUUGAAAGUAUAGUUUAUAAAAAUAAAAUAAUAAUUUGCGAUUUGGAAGAAGUUGAUGAGUAUGAUAUAGAAACCGACACAUGGAAUACUUUGGGUCCGUUACCGGUGGAAUAUUGUGAUACAUGUUGUCUUACAUAUAUUUAAAAUAAUGAGAUAAAUUAGGAGGGACAUUUAUUUUGGAAAUUUUGGAAUUGGAUCGGUCAUUGUCAAAAACCACUUAAGUUACAUUUUUUCAAAAACUAUUUUUUUUUUUUGCUGAAAAUGUUUCGAAAAUGUGUUGAAACGUAUCCUGGGUAAAAACUAGUCAAGUUAAUACAUUCUUUACAUUUCUAAUAGAUAUAUUACGGUCACUUUUUAAAAGGUCAUACAGCAGAAGCUCUCUCGUCAUUUCAAUUCCGAUGACAAAAAUCUUGCACCAUGGGAGAAAAUAUAUUGGUUUUUAUAGAACUUUUAAUGCCAAAAAUGAAUGAACUUAUUCACGCAAAACUGGCAAACAUAGCAACAGAAAAAGACAUUAAUAUCAUUGAAAAGGAAGUUUUACAAGAUCAAAACAAGGUUCUUAGUUCAAAAAUAGCCAAGGUUAAAAAAAAUCGAAUUAAACCUGAAUAUGGAAAAAUAGAAGAUUUGGAAAAAUUUUCAAAAAGAUUGAAUGCUGUUUUAAACGGUGGUUCUACAACUGAUGAAGCAACAAUUUACACAAAAUUUCCACAAAAAAGACUCAAUGUAAAUACAACAACAAACAACACCAAAAAUAUUGGAUCAAGAAACAAAUCGUCGCCAAGUUUUGUUUCCGAACUGGGAAACUUAAAGGAUGUGAACUCGGUUUUAUCAGAAACAAAGCCGUUAAAAAACUGAAAAGUUUUUAUACCUAAAUAAAGACCUAACAUAAAAAAAGGAAAAAAUAUCACCUUAAACAAAUCAAAAAAUGCUUAAUUGAAUCGGAAAGCAAUCUAAAAAAUACUGGGCCAUUAGACUGGGCCAUUAGAAGUCAAUAGUCAUAGGUACAAAUAAUGUAGCUCUAAAAAAAUAUUGCAGCUAUAAAAAUGCAUAGACCAUUUUUUAAAUUUACUAAACAGUUGAAAAUUAAUAUUUCUUUAAAAUAAUAUGGAGGACAAUAUAAAAAUAGUUUAGCUUCAAGUAGCCAUAAAAAUAAUAUUUAACAAAAAAAAAUGCCUCCUAGGUUUUAUCAUAGAAUAUUGCUGGGCACGGAAAUAUAUUUUUUUAUGUAACUUUUUUUUGU